GAUGUGCGUGGAAGCAAACACCCCCUUAGACGUGGGACACCACCUCUUGUCGACCAUUUGUAGCCUUCUUCAUGUUCCGUUCUGCCGACUGAUGGAUCACUCCUGCAGCUGCAGCUGCAGUGCGUCGCCGCUACUCCAUCGUCUAUUAAUGGCUCGUGUAGCUCCAGCGCUCGGCUUAGACAAGCCUCUCCAACAUGAAGCUCCUGGGUUGGAUGCACCGGAAGUUACGACAGAACAGCAAUGAUGUGUUCAAAGAGUUCAACAACGCUGCAGGUGGGACCUGCAACUGCAUCACCGGGCUGGCCGCGUCGGACCCGGCCACUUUCCUCGCCACCGCCAACGAAUACUUCACCGCCGACAACGACUUCACCAACAACCAUCCAUCGUCGCCGGCCGCCGACCUCUUCACCUUUGGUGGCAGCGGCCUCCUCACCAUUGGCACGCUAGGCAUCGCCGCCGUCGCGGUGUCUGCAGACGCUGAUGAAGUUGAUUACGACGUCGACGCCGAUGCUGACUCCGACUUUGACGACAACGACGACACCGCCGGUGAUGACGAAGACCAGGUCGACAGCGCCGUCACGCCCACGUUCACAUAUGCAGCGCCGCCUCCGAUAGAGGACGCCACGGUCGUCGAGAAGGCUGCAGUUGCCGUGGUUGAGGCCAUUGCCGAGAAGGACGACGACACCACCACUGAGGAUGACCUCAUGGUGGUGAGCGCCGAGCUGGAGAAGGUCCUCGGUGGCCGCAACAGCGGCACCGCCGGUGAUCUGGUGGCGUCGGCGCGGGUGAGCUUUGCCAUGGGCGUGGACUGCCCGCUACAGGGCUUCCUGUUCGGUUCCCCGGUGAGCGACGCCGAGUCGCGCCUGGAGCAGCCGCGGGAUAGCAACGGCGGCCGGCGCACCUCGCUCGGCGAGCUGUUCAUGCGCACGCGCUUUGCCGAAGAGAAGGUGGCGCUCGUCGCCGUCGAGGAAGGUGAGGACGGCGGGGACAUUGGUGCUGGCGGUGAAAGGGACGACAGGAAAGCAGGGAAAGGCGGCGGCGGCCACAAGACAACGAAGAAGAGGAGUGCAAAGGAUGAAAAGGUCCCCAGAGGUGACGGAGCGCAGGCGAGUGCAACAGUGACCAAGAGCAAGUUUCACAAGAUCCUCCAGAUCUUCCACAGGAAAGUGUACCCCGAGAGCGCGGCCCUGGCGCGGAACCUGACCAAGAAGAGCCGCAAGCGCGGCAGCGGCGCCUACCACAAGCCGGAGCCGGCGGCGUCCAAGCUCCGGUGCCUCAAGGAGCAGCGCGCGCCGGGGUUCGGCUGCUGCGCCAGCCGGGCCUCCUUCGGCGGCGCCGCCUCUCCCAUCGACGGCGACGACGACGACGAGCUCAACGGCAGCAAGAGCGGCCACUGGAUCAAGACCGACGCUGAAUGUGAGCGCAUAUUCGUUUCAUCCAUCCCCGUCCAUGCAUCCAUGCAUACACCUUGCAAUCAACAAUUAACUUUGCAUCCGCAAAAGGCAGUCUUGACAGAGACUUUUCCAUACUGUUAUCGGCGAAGAAUCUGCUUGUGGAGCUGUCAAUUCAGUCUUACGGUGCCAUGACCAUGAUGUGUCCU